GGCUUUCAAAUCAAAUCACAAGAUGAUAGAUCUCAGUCUCACUUCUCACUCUUUUCUUCUUCUUCUUAUUAGCAGUGUUUCUUUCUUUUUGGCUACACUCUUAGUUCCUUCAUGCACGAAAGUUUAUGUUCUUGUCGGAAUGAACAGAUCCUCCUCAUCAUCGAAGCCCCAUAACCAUAAGAACUGGUCUGAGUCGGAGGUUCCGAAGACAAAGGCGAUGAAGAAAAGGAAGGAGAAGCAGGGGUCUAGAAGAGCAUUCCAACAUGUCAAAAACACCGCCACUAGCAGCAGCAGCAGCAGCAAUCUUUCUUCUUCUUCCUCUGGUUCCAUUGAAGCACCAAGGGGUUGUCUCAGGUUCUUGCUCUCUCACUCUUCUUCUUCUGCUAGUACUACUAAUAUUAAAACCCCUUUCAAUCGCAAUUGUCCCACAACAGCCCAUCUCAUCUCCAAAACCCCCAAAUCUGCCCCCAUUUCACGCCCCCCUCACUCCAAACCAUUCCCUUUUAUCAACCAAAAUUCUUCUUCCAAACUAGGCAGAGUUAAGAAAUCCCAAUCUUCCAAGAAGCCCACUUCAGAAACUCCUCCUUUUUUGGAUUCCAAUAAUGCCGCUCCUGAAACCGAGUCGCUUUCUGUGUCUCAAGACUUGUUAAAGCUGCCUGAGGAGGAGCUCCAAUUCACUCCCGUGGCUGUGAGUAAGUUCACAAUUCGUUCCGCUUUCGAUUGUGUAGCUGCUGUUGUUGAUAAUCAUAAGAAUAGGCUUAUCGAUGAUGACAAAUCAAAGGCUAGCUCUAGUAACUCUAAAACCCCACCAAUUCAGGCUUCAUUUUCUCCGGAGAUCCAAUCCACCGCCACCACAGCAAAUACUCCUGCUUGCUAUGGUGCUGGUCAUCUCAUUUCUGGGGUUACUGACCGGAGAAAAUGCAGGGCCAGAGGGGUUCUGGCUGUAGCUCUAGGGGCUGCUAAUGAUAUGUCGAGCGAUAAUUCUAACAGUGCUGACCGCGAAAAAGAUUAUCCUACAGGACUUGUUAACAGAUCUAGUGUUUCCAAGCUCUCUUCACCUGCUGAGGCUUCAAUGCACUGGCUUUUGUCUCCAUGUCAUGAGGACGACGACGAUGACAAGGAAAAUUCUGCUCCUUUGCACGGCUUGCUCGAACCUAAAACACUUCCGUAUCCUUCCUCACCUUUAUCUGAUCUUGGCUUAUCUUUGGAUUUGUGUAGCUUCAGCAAUAACACAAGCGAUACUUCUAAUAGCAGCUGUAAUAAGUGCCAAAGGAGCACAAAUAAUAUGCUUAUUUCCACUCAACUUCCUCAUUUUCAAGUAUGUUUAGAUUCUUUAAGUGACUAUGCUCUUGUUUCAUCUUCUCCAAAUGACACGCCUUAUUCCAGAGCUGUUCCCUUGAAAGAAGAGGCAAAGUACUGCUAUAAUAUUGAAGGAGGAUGCUCUCCAUUCUCUACGGAUACAUUAGGGAGUGAAAAUGUUAUGCAAACCCCAACCUCUGAUUCAAGCUUGGAAAGGCAUGCUGGGAUGUCAUGUUCAAGUGCAAAGGACCACAAGAGAUAUCACUUUCAUUCUGAUCAGCUACUUUCAGUGGCUGGAGAUCUUGGGACGGAAAGCUUGUCUCCCAAGAGACGUGUAUCAAUAUGGGAUACAACCAGUUCUAGUUUUCAGUUCGAUCGUUUGACUACACCUUCCAAUUCCAUGGAGCUUCCUCCGUUUCAGAAAAUUCUGGGUGAUCAAUCUUUGUGGACUUCUAAUUCUACAUUCGAGAAUGUGUCACAAUCACAGAUGAGAAUAUCCUGGAGAGAAGGAUUAGUAAGUCGGAUUUUUGAGAUGGAUGAGCUUGAUAGUUGCAGAUGCCUAUCAGAUGAAGAGGAAGAAUUAAAUGUGAAUAGCGGUGACCCACUUAAACCCUGCCAAAGUCUUGAGAUCAAUGUUGAUGUAGGGAAUGUUCCAACUUUAAAGAAUGGUUUUGGGUCUACUGAAUUUGUACAUGGUGAAAGCAGAGAAAAGCUUCAGUCUCCAGUACAAGGUUCAUGUGCAGAGUCGAUUAGCACUGAUGGAGGUGCUUUGGCUCGUUCAGAGGAUUCAGAUUGGAGUCUUUGCUACAAGAACAAUUUGUUUGAAGUAUAGUUCAUGAUCCUUAUUUCCACUUGUGUAUGUUAAACCUUUGGCUCUAUUGAAUGAGUAUUAGUUUCCCUUUGAUAUUCUUCACUUAUGGAAUUGUAGUCUUCACUGUAAGCUAUGGAACUCGUUUCAGACAAGCAUUUUCAUCUCUA